AUGGAUCCACCAAAAGUAAUACCCAAGCCUCCAAGGUACAACCCCUCGCAGAAGAAUCCCGUCUUUGAACACUUCCGAUCCUUUUUCCAAUCCACAAAUCCAAACAGCAUAUCUUUACCACCCGACGCCAAGCCCGAAGCAAACGAUGAGCCCGAGAUAAGUAUUUUUGAGGCCCGGAAAUAUUUUAACGACAACAAAAACAAGAAUAAUAUUAAUAAUAAUAUUGUUGUUAAUUCGGGGGAUUUCAUCAAAAUUCAGCAAAAUCGGCCGUCGUCGGUAUCUUCCGAUGGAUACGGCCGGAAGUUCAGGACGUCGUCUUUCCACGCGACACCGACGGCCUCGUCGGAGGCCAGCUGGAACAGUCAAACGGGACUUUUGGUCAACCCGCGGGGCUGCACGGCGGACUCCGUGAAAAACUUUGCUUCCGACGGUGGUAAUAAUAACCAUCGGAGGAGAAACUCCGGUAGGAAGUGGAUUUUCCGGCGUAAGUGCUGCUGCACCGGUGAGAAAUCGAUUCGGGUCAAGGAGACGACAACGGCGGGGUAUUCGGGUCCGGGUCCGACGCGGAGCAAAAACAGCACACCUGUCAAAAUCCCACCGGUAGAACCAAUUUCCGGCAGGCUGUUGUUGCCGGAAGGUAAUUUUGUGGCGGCGGAGCAGCAGCGGAUAUCGGCGUCAGGGAGGCCGUUCGCGGACGGGUUCUCGUUCCCGAUCCUGAAGGGUUCGACACAAACGGUGAGGCCUGGACCGAUGGGGAUCGGACGUCUAGGGGAGGAUCCGCCCAGGGACUCGCUGGAUGUGUUCCAGCCGGCGGAUAGCGAUCCGUCUGCCGGCGGCGGCGGACGGCGCAAUUUCAACCUGGGGAGCCCGAUCGCGCGCAUGGCAAGCACGGACGACGAUGUGGGGAGCGACGCCAGCUCAGAUCUGUUCGAGCUGGAGAGCUUCGCGACCCAGACGACGUCGAACCUGACGUCACGCCGCAGGGACUCGCUGGACGAGGCCCCGAUAUUCAACGCGCGGCGGUACGCGGGCAGGACGAGCCUGGACGAGCCGCCGACGCCGAGCGUGGCGGCGACUGAGUGCUACGCGCCAAGCGAAGUCAGCGUGACCUGGAGCGUGAGCACGGCUGAGGGCUUCGACAGGGCCAGCGUCUCCAACUUCUCCGUCUCCGCGUCGGAGGCCGGUGGCGCGGAGUUUCUCCGGCGGGGACGGAAGGAGGAGGUCUGCGCCGGGAACGGCGGGAUGAGGAAGGGGAACCGAGCGGGCCUCCUGCUGAUGAGCUGCCGGCAGGGGAAGGCAGUGAGCGUGGGGCCGCAUCCGGUGAAAUGCUUGCCGGAGGGGUCGGGAGGGGCGCCGUCCAAACCGCCUCCGGGAUGCAAGAAGACGGUGCUGGCUUUUGGGGCCUGA